AACUAUCAUGAAGUUGUCCCAGGAUGGACCGACGAUCCCAGAGCACUUUCCAAAUUCUUCUACCCCGGUAGCUCAGAAUGGUACCUGGCUCGGCCCUAUAGAAUAUGGGACGCUACAGUGGUAUUGUUCGGGACGAAUCAGAGUGGUGAAAUGCAGUACAUAAUCACAGCUAAUGGCUAUUAUUACUGGGGCCAUCUGAUGCUUGAUGAGAUCUUUGAAAUGACUAGGCCCACGACAUGGCCAGGCAUUCUACGCAUAAUGGCGGAGAAGGGGGUGGAAAAGGUGGGGAUAAAGAAGCUGAAGGCUGUCGAGAUAUCGGAGGACGAUGUACUGGUGCAGCACGUUCCAGAAGGGGAAGAUGUAUUUGUUCCAUAC